AGACAGAGAGAUAAUACAAUUGUAAUAGUUUGGAUCGGAGUGAAAGAUGGUGAUCAGAUGUAGGUUUUGGAUGGUAAUGAUAAUAUUAAUAAUAACAAGUCAUGAAUAUUAUUUGAUCAUGGGUCAUGAUGAUGGAGGGGUUCGUUGCAUUGAAGAGGAAAGGAAAUCUCUCCUGCAAUUCAAAGCUGCUUGCCUUCAGGCAGCAGGAGUAGAUCAGGACUACUUCUUAAGUUCCUGGGUAGAAGAUGAUGAUGAUCAUAACUGUUGUGACUGGAAGAGGGUCACUUGUGAUCCCGUCACUGGCCACGUCUUACAACUCUCAUUGUCAGCCAUUCUCUACUCAGCCCCAGACUUCUCAGACUUCACCUAUACUUGGACUAGGAGGAGUAUGGAAGCAAUUGCAACAGGAAUUCAGAAAUUGUCGACUCUAAAGCAUCUACAGAGGCUCUAUUUAAGCAGUAAUCAACUUGAUGCUAGUGUUUUGCCAUCUUUGAGUACACUUAAAUCUCUUAAAUUGCUUGAUUUAUCAGAUAAUCAUUUAUUUAAGGAAGGUUUUUCAUCUCAAGAAUGUAAACCUUUGUUGAAAUUAAAGAAAUUAGAAGAGUUAUCUCUUUCAUAUAAUAUCCUAUAUGAUGACCCGUCCAAGAAAAUAAAUGUGUCUUGUUUGGGUUCCUUACCAUCCCUAAGAAGACUUUCUCUAAGUGGGAAUUAUUUCAUGGAUGGUCUGAAUGAAGUGCUGGAAUCACUACAAAAGUUAGAGCAUUUGGAUUUAUCGAACUGUGACUUGACAAGCAAAGGUGGUGGCGUAGUGAUGAGAUCAUUUUCUAAGAUGACCAAACUUAGGAAUCUUGAUUUAAGUUGGAACUAUUUUGAGAAGGAUAUGCUAGUCGCACUUAGUGCCUUGCCGUCCCUUCAAUCUCUCAAUCUAAGCGGUAAUCCUUCUAUUGAAGGUCCACUCACCAAUCUAGAUUUAAUUGGGUUUCAUCAUUUAGAAAUUCUAAACCUUGCUAGUUGCAGAUUAAAUGGAACCAUACUAGCUCAGAGUUUGUGUAAAAUGAAUAAACUUCAGGAGCUAGAUCUUUCUUACAAUUCUUUACAAGGAGACAUCCCUAUAUGUUUGAAGGAGUUGUCAGUUUUGAAGUAUUUCAAUAUCCAAAAUAAUCAAUUGAGUGGAAACAUAUCUUCAUCCUUAUUCAGAGAUCUCAACUCAUUGGAAUGUAUUGAUCUAAGGGAUAAUAGUCUACAAGGAUCUUUGUCUUUAAAGACAUUUGCCAAUUUUUCUAAGCUUGAAGAUGUACUAAUAAGUAGUUACAGUGAUAAGUUGGUGGUAGAAUCGGAUGUAGUUGAUUGGGUUCCUAAGUUCCAAUUGAAGAGUCUUAUGCUAUCCAAUUGCAACUUGAAGGAAUUCCCCAAGUUUCUUCUUUACCAGAAGGAUCUUCGGUUCUUUAAUCUCUCUCACAACAAACUAGAAGGUUCCUUUCCCGACUGGUUGUUUGUAAACAAUACUAAGAUGGAUGUAUUAUCGAUGCGAGAUAAUAGUUUAGUUGAAGGCAAUAUAUUCUCUAACUUGUUCAAUCGGAGUAUAGGAGGAGGACGAUAUCUAAAUUCCAUUGACAUAAGCUACAACAACAUGUCAGGUCAAAUUCCAAUAACAACAACAACUACUAAUCGUUCCAUCACGAUGGGGGUACUUAGCAUGCGAGGCAAUUCGUUUUCUGGCCCGUUCCCAUGCCAUCUAGUUGUGUAUUAUUAUUUGGACAUUUCUUAUAACUCAUUCUCGGGAGAAUUACCAGCUGAUUGUUCAAGCUUUACAUACUCCAGACACCUGAACUUGUAUGGGAAUAGAUUCACAGGAUUGAUUCCGGAAACUAUUUUUAAUUCAUUAGGACUCAAGACAUUGAACAUUGGAAAUAACUUCUUUUCUGGAAUGAUCCCAACUCAUCUCAUUAAUAAUAGCAAAUAUUUGCAAGUGUUAUCUUUGAGAGGAAAUAAUUUGAGUGGAGAAAUUCCGCAUGAGUUAUGCCAAUUGAAAAGGUUAAAUUGGUUAGAUUUGUCUCACAACUCCUUUUCAGGAUCUAUUCCUACUUGCUUAGGCAAUAUCACUUUGGGGGAAAACACAAACAAUCUAGAUGGUACAUUUGGAAUAGAAGUUGAUGGUGGACGACUGAUAUCGUAUGAUUAUAAGUCUGAUGCGCUGAUUUCCACCAAGUACAGGGAUGAUUCCUAUAUUGGUAAGUCAUUGGAGUUGAUGUCUGGAUUGGAUCUAUCAUCUAACAACUUGGAAGGAUUAAUUCCAAAUGGACUCGGAAAUCUGAGUGCCAUCCAUGCGCUCAACCUAUCACACAACUGGUUAAGUGGACCCAUUCCUCAAACAUUUUCAAACCUGAUGCAGAUCGAGAGUUUAGACCUUUCUCACAACAAUCUCAGUGGAGAAAUUCCAUCCAACCUAGUGAAUCUCAAUUUAUUGGGGACAUUUUCUGUAGCCUAUAACAAUCUAUCGGGAAGACUUCCAGAUAUGAAGGGUCAGUUUGCAACCUUUAUAGGGGAUAGUUAUGCAGGUAACCCAUUCCUCCUCUGCGGACCUCCAUUGGAAAAAGACUGUGAGGUCAAGGUCAAGAACGAUGAUGAAGUGCAUAAUCAUGAUUAUGGUCAUGAAGAAGAAGAAGCAUGGUAUACUACUAUUGAUAGAGAGGAAUUCUAUGCCAGCUUUAUGGCAACCUAUAUUGUCUACAUUUUGGGGUUUGUUACCGUGCUCUGGAUCAAUACCCGCUGGCGUAACAGGUGGUUUAAUUUCAUGGAGAAUAUAUUGUUUUCAUCUUACUAUUUUCUGUCGGAUGCAUUAUAUAAGUGUUUUAAGAUUCGAAUAUAAUGAUCAUCUCCAAAAUCAAUCAAUCAAACUGUACGUGUUGUAUCUAGUACGUACUAUUAAUGAAUGAAUGAA